AUGGCUAUUAAAUUAGGUUCCAUUAUGCAAACCAAGAAAAACAACAACAAAUCAACUAAUAUCCCAAAAGGGUAUAUGGCAGUGUAUGUUGGAGAAGAGCAAAAGAAGAGGUUUUUGGUACCUGUAUCAUUUCUAAAAGAGCCUGCAUUUCAAGAACUGUUGGCUAUGGCAGAAGAGGAGUUUGGAUACAACCACCCAAUGGGUGGUCUCACCAUUCCUUGCCCAGAAAAGAUCUUCAUCAACCUUACUUCUCAGCUAAAUUGGUCUUAGUUUCCAUGUCAGCACCAUUGAAAAGUCAAACCCAGCUGAGAAAGAAGUACAUGCAAACAGCUUCUGAAAAAACCUUUAAGAACAAGAUGACCAUGCACACUCAUUUUUUUGGUUCUCUGAGGCCCCUAACGGCUAUAUCAAUAUAUCUGUAUCUCAGGAUGAAAAGUUUUCUUCAACUUUGUUGAUGUUUCAUUUUUUUUUUUAACUAUCUUUCUGAGGAUAUGAAAGAGAAGAAGCCCUUUUGA